UGGGCGGCGAUAUAAGCUCGUCGGCGGCCGCGCCCCAGCGCACUCCGCCCGGCUGCACGGCGCUGCGCGACCCGGCGGCAUGGCGCGCUCCGAGGAGGUUCACCGCCUCACCGAGACCGUCUACAAGACGAUCAUGGAACAGUACAAUCCCUGCCUCAGGAACUUCAUUUCCAUGGGGAAGAACUAUGAAAAAGCCUUGGCAAGUGUAACGUAUGCUGCAAAAGGAUAUUUUGAUGCUCUGGUUAAAAUGGGGGAGUUGGCCAGUGAAAGCCAAGGAUCUAAAGAACUGGGGGAUGUUCUCUUCCAGAUGGCAGAAGUUCACAGGCAGAUUCAAAAUCAGUUGGAAGAGAUGCUGAAGUCUUUUCACAAUGAGCUACUGACACAACUGGAGCAGAAAGUAGAACUGGAUUCCAGGUAUCUAAGUGCUGCGUUGAAGAAAUACCAGACUGAGCAAAGGAGCAAAGGGGAUGCACUAGAGAAGUGCCAGGCAGAGCUGAAAAAACUUCGGAAGAAGAGCCAAGGGAGCAAAAACCCUCAGAAGUACUCGGACAAGGAGCUGCAGUACAUCGACGCUAUCGGCAACAAACAAGGUGAGCUAGAAAACCACGUCUGUGAUGGCUAUAAGACAGCACUCACAGAGGAGAGGAGACGGUUCUGCUUCCUAGUAGAGAAGCAGUGUGCUGUGGCUAAGAACACCAUCUCCUACCACACCAAGGGAAAGGAGAUCUUGACACAAAAGCUCCCGAUUUGGCAGCAGUCUUGCUCAGACCCCAACAAGAUCCCAGACCGGGCUAUCCAACUGAUGCAGCAGAUGUCCACCAGCAGCAAUGGCACAAUCAUCCCCAGUUCCCUGUCUACGUCCAAAUCGAACCUAAUCAUCUCGGACCCUAUCCCCGGGGCCAAACCGCUCCCUGUCCCACCAGAGUUGGCGCCCUUCGUGGGGCGCAUGUCCGCACAAGAGACCAUUCCCGUGAUGAAUGGCGUCUCGGGCCCUGAGAGCGAGGACUACAGCCGCUGGUCCGAGAUGAAGCCAGCCCAGCCGAAAUCCCUAUCUCCUCCCCAGCAUCAGAAGCAACUGAGUGACUCGUACUCCAACACGCUUCCUGUGCGCAAGAGUGUCGCACCGAAAAGCAGUUACGCAACCACUGAAAACAAGACCUUGCCACGCUCCAGUUCCAUGGCUGCUGGGCUCGAGAGGAAUGGCAGGACAAGAGUACAAGCCAUUUUCUCUCAUGCUGCUGGUGAUAACACCACCCUCCUGAGCUUCAAGGAUGGAGACCUCAUCACGCUCCUGGUGCCAGAGGCCCGAGAUGGAUGGCACUACGGGGAGAGUGAGAAAACAAAAAUGAGAGGCUGGUUCCCUUUCUCCUACACACGGGUUCUUGACAGCGAUGGAAGUGACAGGUUACAUAUGAGCUUGCAACAGGGGAAAAGCAGUAGCACAGGCAACCUGCUGGAUAAGGAUGACAUUGCCAUCCCGCCACCAGACUACGCCGUGUCCUCAUCACGGGUCUUCCCACCACAACCCAUUGGCGCUUUCAAACAGAGACCAUACAGCGUGGCGGUGCCUGCCUUCUCCCAGGGUCUUGAGGACUAUGGGACGAGAGCUGGAAGCAGCCCCGAUGUUGAAGUGGCCAGGUUUUGAUGUCCCUGACUAGUUAAAAUCCUUUUGCCAACAUCCAGCUGAAACCAACAGUGACCAACGACAGGUCAGCUCCCUUCAUCAGCUGAUCCCUGGGAUUGCUGGAGCCAGCAAGCACCUCCUGCCUGCAUUGUUGUAUCUGACCCAUUGUAGCCUCCUUGUUUGCAAGUCUGUCUUUCCAGAACUUUGUUUAGGCUGCAUUUGUUUAAACCUGCUACUGCUGUGUGAAAGCUAAGGGCUAAAGCUGGUGUUUUGAUGGACUCUCCUCUAGAGCCUGUGUAUUCAGCGCAAGGGGGUUAAACUGUUACCAUUCGUUCACUGUGGUCAUGGCAGGUGUGGAAGUAACAGCAGUCCCGGCCCUGGAUUCCCAGCCUGUACCUUCCAGCCCUGUUCAGCUUUCCUGAGGUUUAAUGAUGGACUGUCUCCUACAUGGAGCAAGAUGCAGGGCAGUGUAACUCUCACCCCAGCCUUCUAAAAGGAUGUCAGCAGGGCACCUGGGACCGAGAUGCCUGGCCUAGGUCCACAGACUUAUACACUACCCACAGUGGUGUGGAUGGUGUGGGUCAGGUCUACACAGCUUGUGCUAGCAUAAGCCCUAUUAACACCCAUCUGUGGAGCCGGGCUGACAGGCUCCUGUCUCCCUGCCGUGUAGACACAGCCAAGGUUUGCAGAACCCCCCCUGAUGCUGUUUAGAGACAAUGAGUGGCCAAGCCUUGGCCCAUUCCCUUCUUCAGGCCUGCAACAAUUCUUGGCCAGUGGAACAGCGGAGCCAUACAAAGCGCCCGUGUCCUCCCUCACCCUGCUACUUAGGCCUAAGGGCUGGCUAGCAUGGCUCAGCUGCUCCUAGGCAGACCUGCUGAACUUCAAACAGUUGCAACCGUUUUUACACUCAACCCACAUGGUGCAGAGUCUAUAUUUUAUUUAGCUCUGUCAGGUAUUAUUAAACCCAGAACACCCCCUGUGCAGAGGCAACCAGUGAUACUCACCCUCUUACCUGUAAUCGGGUGUAGUGAAACCAUGGGGAAGAAAAAAGAGGUGCAGGAGGGUGCACCAUGCCCCAGUAAGCCUGUCCUAACCAAAUGUCACUUGCCAGAGACCUGCAAGAUCCAAGCAGCAGCUUUCGGGGCUGAAGGGGGGAGGGUCUGGGUGACUUGAAAGGUUCUGGGCUGGAAACAUUCCACGUCCCUGAGCCCACCCUCGAUGCUAGUAGCUACGUCCCUGUGUCUCACUAGUGUCUGCCUUCCAGGCCCCUUUAAGUGACUGGCUGAGAACUUGGGACCAGAACCAGGCCUGGUCCACAGCUGCCCCAAGCCCAGGCUCCUGUUGCAAGUGCUCGGUGUGUGUUUUAGAAGAGCAGGUGUCAGGCUCUUUAUUGAUAAACCUCUGAAUUAGCUGAGCUCUCUUCCCCCUUGUUUGUUACCAAGAUCACAGCUGCUCAGGUACUGCCUCUCUGCCCUCAUCUCAGUGUAGAUGUCUCCACUCCACCCCAGAGCAGGCACCAAGGGUCCAGCAGGAGCUCUGUGCAGCAGCAGCCUUGUGUCCUUCCAAAAAGAUGAGGGGGGGGGGGAAGAUCCACCACCUGCAUAAGCAGGACCUGCAUCAGGCCUGGGUCAUUCCCUGCCUUGCUUUAUCACAAGCUAGAUUAGAAAUCAGGGCAAGAAGCCCAGACAGUGGCUGUGGAAGGGGUUGCCCUCUUCAGUGUUUGUCCAUUUCCACUUUUUUUAAAAUUGCUAGAUCGCAGAGCACUAGUGCUGCCGGUGCUUUACUGCGCUGUACGGUUAGCCCCUAAUAAGCUUAUGCCGCAUAGCAAACGAAACCAAAUGCAGAGUCCAGUGUUUGUAUUUUUAUAUAAAGGAAAGUAUAUUGGA